AUGCCAGUCCGUAUCCGUCUAGCCCGACACGGCUACAAGAAGAACCCCCUCUAUCACAUCGUAGCCAUCAACUCCAAACGACCUCGAGAAGGUAAACCACUAGAGACAUUAGGGAUAUACGACCCGAUACCGAGGUUACGAAAAGGCGUGGUCGUUCCUCCUCAGGCGAAUGUUUUUGGCGUUGAAGAUGCAGGGUUGAUCAAGAAGGAGAAGGAGAUUAAGUGGAAUGUGGAUAGGAUAAAUUAUUGGUUGGGUGUUGGGGCGGAACCUACUAGGAGUGUUGUGAAGCUAUUGGAAAGGGGCGGAGUCCUCACAACACCCCAUAAAUGGCAACAUCCCUGGUCACCCGCCCCUUCUUCAUCCACCUCACCAUCACAACCACAGCAGACGAUAUCACAGUGA